AUGGCGCCACUUUCAGGAUCCGCCAAGAAGAAGAAGCAGAAGGAGAAGGAGAGAGAAGUCCAAAGGCUCAAGGUCAUUGAGGAGCGCCAAGCGGGGUCGGACACCAGCCCGGACGAUGAGAUUCCCGCUACCCAAGCCUACGGACCCUGGGACGAGCCAAAGGAGAAGUGGGAUGCGCGUCUGAUGGCUCAGCCCCCGAGCGACGCUUCGUGGGAUGCUUUUGAGAAGCGUGCAAAGGCGAGGAAGGGGAAGGCUAUCGAGUACCAGCCCGCUGCCGUCCCAGAUGAGCAGACUAUGCACGUAGAUGCAUCAACCAAGUUUGAUAGCACUGCGAAACCCGUUCAAAAGAUCGUCUUUGCUUCUGGCAUCAAUGUGGACGACACCAUCGUCGACGUCAUUGCCAAUGCAGAUGCUACUUUCCGAAGCGCAGUCCGCGUCUUCAUCGCCGGAGACGUCGAGAGGAAGGAGGCCAUUGAACUUACCAGCGCCGGUGUAGAGAAGUUGACCAAAGCUUUGCCUCAACUAGAGAUUAUCGCUCUUCACGGUACAUCGAAGCUCACGCGUACCGCAUUCCCAACUAUCCUCAAGAACUGCGCAAAUAUCGAAUCCGUCACUCUCACCGUCGUCCAAGGCCAAAAGUCAAAGCGCAUCCGUCUCAAUAGCACACUCGACUGGUUGACAGAUAAGACUUUCGUCCCGAAGUUGCGGUACCUCGAGUUCCGUGGCGUCUACCAUGAAGCGUUCCGUCGCGAGUUCCUUGAGUUCCUCACAAAGUGCAGGCCUGCGCUGGAGAUCGUUUUCGAAUAUGACAGGCCCGCUGUCCUGAUCCGGGAUAUGGAGACUAUCCCACUGGACCGCGUUCCUGCUGCCGGUAAAUGA